ACUUGCCAUGCUUUCGCCUGGCCAUGCCAAUUUCCCCCCUAAUCCGUAUAUCUAUCGAUUGACGGAAGCUCUGGUCCCCCGGCGGGAUAUCACGGUGAUCCUCGCCACCUCACUGAUCAACAAUCAGAACCAUGGAGGCACUUUUGUCUCAUUCCUUUGAUUACCUCUCUUCCUACGAGUCUGGUAAAAUUCGCAAAGGCUUGCGGCAGAUUGAGGGCCUGCUAGCGCAAAUAUGUCUCUCGAGUUCAAAUCCGUCGCCCCCGGACCGACGACGAAACGCAUCACAAGGACACCGACUGGCCCCGCCAAAGAGAUUGGAAUCAUUACGCGAAGACCCAGCAUUUAGAGAAUUUUUCAAACUUCAAGAGGGUUUUCAAUGGAACGUCGCACUUCGACUGAUCUCAUGCUUGGAACGCCUGCUGGGCAAAGGAAGCAAUGGCCAGAAUGAUCUGUUAAUCAUCGCAACUCUGGACCUCAUUCAAGGCGCUCUUCUUUUGCAUCCGCCGUCGCGCUGUCUUUUUGCGCGCGAAAUCUACAUGAAUCUUCUUCUCGACCUUCUCGAUCCGUGCAAUUGCCCUGCCAUCCAAUCGUCCACGCUACUGACGCUUGUCUGCGCACUACUUGACCAACCCCGAAAUACACGCACGUUCGAGAUCCUCGAGGGAUUGCUUACCGUUACAUCGCUCUUUAAGAUGCGCUCCACAAGCCGCGAGGUCAAGAUCAAACUGGUGGAAUUUCUCUAUUUCUACCUAAUGCCGGAGACAGCUCCGCUGGGCCUCAACAAGAGCGCGCUUGCUACGCCGGUGGUCCAACGCACACCGAGCCGACUCGGCGGACUCAGCCGAAGCGCUAGCGGUGGUGCCCAACGCGACUUGGACGAUACGAGGACAACGGAGCAAAAACAGGCCCUGCUGGGCAAAUUUCUGAAUAAUGUCGAGGAUCUCGUGGCCGACCUUCGAGACAACGCACCUUUUGAAGGAACGGUAUACUAGCUUGAUAUGAUGUUACGCAUCACGAAAAUGAUUCUGGGACGCCAACGACGCAUCUCCGACGCGAAAUUGGGAUGGUUCAGCAUGCCUCGAAUAUGAGGGGAUAAGGGGACACUUUUAUUGUCCC